AUGCCUCCCAAGGCCGCCGACAAGAAGCCCGCCUCCAAGGCCCCCGCCACUGCCUCCAAGGCUCCCGAGAAGAAGGACGCCGGCAAGAAGACCGCUGCUUCUGGUGACAAGAAGAAGCGCUCCAAGACCCGCAAGGAGACUUACUCUUCUUACAUCUACAAGGUCCUCAAGCAGGUCCACCCUGACACUGGUAUCUCCAACCGUGCCAUGUCUAUCCUCAACUCGUUCGUCAACGAUAUUUUCGAGCGCGUCGCUUCUGAGGCUUCCAAGCUGGCUGCCUACAACAAGAAGUCCACCAUCUCUUCCCGAGAGAUCCAGACCUCUGUCCGCCUGAUCCUCCCCGGUGAGCUUGCCAAGCACGCUGUCUCUGAGGGUACCAAGGCCGUCACCAAGUACUCCUCCUCGACGAAAUAA